UUUUUCUUUUUUUCUUUUUUCUUCCGGACUCUUUAAUAUAGCUUCGGAUAUGAAUUAUUAUGAUUACUCUCAGCAUAAAUACUGCCUUGUUUUUGGUUUCGAUAGGACGCGGUUAUUCUACAAAUCGUUUGUUAACGACGUGAAAAGAACAGACGAUUCUCAAUCGAGUUGCGGAAUGCGUAGAGCCUCAAUAGUUUACAAUAUCAAGCAAGAAUACAUAACAUGCAAAGGGGAUCAAGCUGAGACAUUUUGGGAGUCAAAUAGAAAUCACGAUGGACAUUGUUAUGUUCACAACGUUUUUAUGGAACUUCACGAUACUUCUCUAAAAUACAAUGAGAACCCUCAAAGCUAUGAUUUACAUGUCAAAAUGGUGAAAAUGGCGGCGAAAAGCUAUCUAGAAGAAAUAGCGCGAGAAUGCCAAUUUCAAUCCAAAAAAAAUCUCGAAAUCCGAAAAUUCGAUUAUCACUAUGCAAUGAUUCUCCCGACAAGCUGGGAUUUUCCCUUGAAUUCAAACUACUGUGUAAAAGAGGAUAUGUUUCGACCCCUUUUUGUAGAAGCCAACAUGAUUACUACAAGUGAUGACCAUAAUAGGCUACUGUUUUUCACAAUGCUUGAUUCUAAUUUUCGAUAUCUCCAGUUUUUGAUUAGUGGUAAUAAAUCUCAUUCUCUACCUUUGAUAUCGGAUGGUAAACAAUACAUUAUGUGCACGCUGGAUUUUUUAAAUCAUAAGCAGCAUAUUGAUUUGGACCUAUUUUCAGCACAUAAACCUUUUCCUGCAACUGUCAACAAUAACUUCAGCUUGGGAUUGUUAAUGUCAAGGUCCUUAAGUAUCCCUCUCAGUACUCAAUCUCCAGAUUUAGACAUAGACACUUGUCUGCGAGACCGAGGUUUAGUUGUAAGUGAUAUAUGUAUAAUUAAAUUGACAGGGAUGUAUAGAGGCAUGUUAAAGAAAAUGCUGAAUCCUGGCUAUUCAUUUUGCAAAAAAGAAUUAUUUCCGUAUAAUCCGUUCAAAACUACUGAGAAAGAUUUACGUAAAUACAAUUUGAAUGAAGAGGAAAUAAGAAUUAUACAAUCAAUCACCAUAGAAGAUGUCCUCAAGUACAAACUCAAAUUUUUUGAAGACGCUUUUAAGCCGCAUAUGGAACAAAUGAUUGACAAAGCAAAUAAGAUUCCAAAACCAACAAUGAUAAUUGCACAUGUUUCUGGAGAUGAUACUAUUGAAUGUCGCUUAGUUCAUUGUCUAUUUUCGGAAUAUUUAAGAACAAAGGCAAAUGAAUUAGGACUUUACGAUAUUAUGCCCUAUGACAAGGUGAUAGAAUCUGAUUUAUAUUUGGAAACUCCGUUAACUGUCUUUGGAGGUGUACUCCAAAUUAAAGAGCAAAUACAAACAUCAAAUAAACAUAACCCUCCAACAAUAAUACCUGGAAAUCAAAAGUUGGAACGCUUUAAAAAUAUUGAAGAUGCUGGCUGUAUGAUAAACAUAGACUUUACUCUUAAGACUGUGGAGUUCUCAAUUGAAUAUGUUGGAAGUGAUUGCCGUUUAAGGAGUAAAGCCGAAAACUUUAAAUGCGACCUGAAACCUAUCGAGAGUUUCUUUGUAAAUUCAGAGAUUUAUCGACGACCGUUGCUCUUAGUGCAUUCAAAGAUAUUAGCAUUUAUCAAAUCACGGCAGCAACUUAUCAAAAAGAUUAUAAACAAUCAAGGAGAUAAUCUGUAUCAACUAUUUUCGUCCGAAACUAUAUUAGACGAAUGCUUUUCAAGACCUAACACUUCCAAGCCCCCAAAAGCUACUCAAGACCAUCUUGAAUCUACUGCAGAUCCAUUCUACAUCCACUCCUUUUUGAUACUGUACCUUAUAUAUCUCAACAAACUGAUAACUUUGGAAGUGAACAGAAGAUUCGGUGGCAAGUGUAGAAACAAAAAUAUGGGAUAUGUUCUGACCGUUCAAAAGAAGUUACUGGGCACCUUAUACGGAUCAAAAAAGAAUCUGAAAGGCCUUUUAUUUACAAGUGGUUUCCUUUCCCAGGAGAAUGAAUGUAGAAAAGUGCGUAUAUUUGUCCGAGGUGAAGGGUGUCAGCCUGGCAUUGAAAAUUAUCUACAGGAUUUGAAUUUCAACAUCAAGUCUUACUUUGUCACUGCUCAGGUUCACGAAAGCCACAUUCAGGUAUCUCUACAUCAGGUUGUUGGAACAUCAUCAAUUGGAGAACAUGCAGCUACUAUUAUUCUUAAAGAUAAAUUGAUAAAUAUGGAUGAUGUAAAUGACGUUCUAGAUAAGAAAAUCUGGCUCCAUACCUUACCUAUAUGUCCAAUUAACUACUGCUGUGUGCAUGUGGAUGAAGAAACUCGGGAUUUUCAUGAUUAUUGUUCGCUUCAAAAUUAUACUUAUAACCGUCCGAAUAUAAGGCAACUAGUGCUGCGUAUGUUAAAGGCAAACGAAGCAAGUAUAGAUUUUGACACUUAUGAAACGCUGAAUAUCGGUUACAAAUGCUGUUGUAGUAUCGAUAUUUGCCUUAGAGACAUAAUUGAGUUCGGCUUAAAACCAGUUAUCGAAGGCAUUGCAACAGUCGUAACAGCCUCGUUAUCUAAUACGAAAUUGUUUGGAAAUUUCACAGUUAAUUUUUUGUUUGUAAUGGGAAAUGUAUUUAACUUGCGACAUGAUUCAGCCAUAUACAAAACUUACGCUCUGCUUCUACAUGAUGCGAUUAAUCAAGGUAUUGAAUCAAAAGGCAGGGACACAACAGGAAUUGUCUUGGAAGAAUCAUUUUUUCGAACAUCGCAGACAAAAAGCUGGGAAAACCCGUUCAUGAGUGACAGUUUCUAUGAAGGCAAUGUAAAGCAAGUGUCGAAAUAUACGUAUGGAAUACAGAUUAAGCAACUGCAGGUGGCGGGGGUCGCUCUCCCCUUUUUAGAGUGGGAGCGUUCUGAUGACAGUGAUAAGACCAUCAAGGCCUUCAAAGAUGAUAUGUUUGUUAUUAUCCAAAAGGGACAACCCAUACCGAAAGAUGGUUUUGUAAUAAACCUUACUUUGUGUUCUGGCUAUAAACCAAUUCAUUCGCUGGUUGAAGACUCGGUGGCAAACAGAUCGAACACUAUAGACUUGGAUUUUUUAAAAAUAGCAGAUACAAAGAACGCUCCAUCGGAAGGAAGUUUUUGCAUUGGACCAUGUUUUUACGACAAAAUGUUUACGCUGAGUCUCUUACCGGAAAAAUAUGUUGCUAGCCGUCACAUCAUCAUUCAAAUCAAGAAUAUCAAUCAUGAUUUUUCUAUCCGUUUCUCAGCUAAAAUGACGGGUGAUAACUUUGAUCAUAAAAUGGAGCAUCAAUGUACGUUUUUAGAACAACCCUUGACACUCGCGUAUAUCUAGUGUUCGCAGGGCAGCUCUUUAAGCAUGUUUAUUUAAAUCAAAAGUUCUUUUUGGGCUUAAUAAAUAAAUGAAAAUCAAAGAUCUUAAUAAACGACAAGGGCUGUGUUUUGUUGUUUGUACAUAAUUUUGUGUUUAUUAAAUUUACAAGAUCAAAAUGGGGUAAAAGAAAAUAACG